AUGUCUAUAGAACCCUUGUUUUGUGCAGCCCUGCAAGCCAAUAAAUCACCACUACUCACUAUAGAUAUAGAGGGAAUCACAGAUGCUCAGACAGCCCUAAUUGAUUCUGGUUCUUCUGCUAACUUCAUUGAUCCCCAAUUUGCCUGUUCUCACAACAUCCCACCUAUUGAAUUGGACUCCUCAUGCUCUGUCAUUGGCAUUAAUGGCAAACAAAGGCAAUUUUCUGCCAUCUUCUAUGCUCUUCCCUUUGGAAACAGAAACCUUAUCCUUGGAGCCCCAUGGCUCAAAUUGGCCAACCCUGACAUCAAUUGGACUAACAUGAAAGUUUCACUUUGCCUAACUACAGAAGCACAAAGUGGCAGCAUCAACCCUGAGCCUCAGAAUCUCCCUGUUGAAUUCCAGGAGUUCCAGAAAGUGUUCAGUGAAGAGUUCUUUACCACACUACCUGAACAUUGCCCAUAUGACAUUGCUAUUGACCUGGAAGAGGAUAAACAGCCUCCCUAUGGCCCUAUCUAUUCUAUGACCCCUGUACAAAGAGAAGCACUCAAGGAACAUACUGACCCAGAACUUUCAGCUGGAAAGAUUGUGCCAACCACCUCACUGGCAGGAGCUCCAGUGAUGUUUGUGAAAAGAGCUGAUGGCAGGCUUUGCUUAGUGUUGGAUUAUUGCUGGCUAAAUGCCAUCACAAUCAAGGACAGAUAUGCACUGCCAAGACAGGACAAAAUUGAGAAGCUGCACCAUGCUAAGAUCUUCACAAAGCUGGAUUUAAGGAACGGAUAUCAUAACAUCAGAAUCAAGGAAGGAGAUGAAUGGAAGGCCGCAUUUUGCACUGCCCUUGGUCAUUUUGCUCCCACAGUCAUGCAAUUUGGCCUUAGCAAUGCCCCAGCUGUGUUUAUGCGCUUCAUGAACAACAUAUUCUGUGAUUUGCUUGAUAUCUCUAUGGUUGUGUACUUGGAUGACAUCCUGAUCUUCUCAAAUUCAACAGAAAAGCAUGUGGCACAUGUCAAGGAGGUCUUAUUUUGCUUGCUGAAGCACAAUCUUUUCUGCAACCCUGCCUAA